AUGACUGAGAUUACAUUCAACUUCGUAAUGAGAUACAACACGUGUAUAUGUUCAAUAGAUUCCGAUGGUCACAGUAUCAACCAUCUCCCAAUAGGAAAAGGAGAAGCUUGCUCCAUGUUCGGAAUGAACUACACUGCUGUCACCACAUGGUUCUCCAACAAGCGCCAAGAGAAGCGUAGAAAGGUAGCCCACGGAGCCGGUGGAAGACGCGUUGUAGUCGAAGCUCUAGAUCGUAACGAUAACUCAAUGAUAAAGUCAGAGUCUGAUAUUCUUCAUAUCGACAAUGACGAAGAAGAUGAAGAACAACAACAUAAUCAUCAUCAACAUCAACAACAACAACAAUCAUCGAGAUACGGUAGUAAUACCCCAACUUCCUCAUCGUCAUAUACAUCUUCAGAUUCAACCAAAGUUUGUUUUAACAGCCUGCCUCAAAUACCAUGCAGAUCCAUCACUCAAUGUACCGAUUGUGAUAGAUUAACAAUCUUGGAGUUAAAAAAAUGA